GUUAUUAUUAUUAUUAUGUUAUUCAUAUAUUAUUGUUUUUACAUUGUGUGGAUGAUAGUUUCUGUUAUUAUUUUUAUAUUAUUAUAUUAGAUUAUUAUUAUUAUUAUUUUGGUGAAAAUGUGUGGAUGAUGGUUUCUGUUAUGUUAUUAUAUGGUUAUGGUAUAUUAUUAUUAUUUUGGGGAGAUAUGUGUGGAUGAUGGUUUCUGUUAUUAUUAUGUUAUUAUAUGGUUAUGUUAUAUUAUUAUGUUGGGGAUACGUGUAUGUUGGUUUAUGUUAUUAUAUUAUUAUACUAUAUAGAAGGCUAUAGGAAUGUAUGGCGAGGGAAAAAGAAGAGGGUAUAGGACCUUAUGGCAAGUGGGAAGCAUAUGGGACCCGAAGGCAAGAAGAAUAUAGGAUCCUAUGGGAAGCAAGGAGACUAUAGGACACUAUGAGUAUAGAAAGAGUAUAGAAUAUUACAAGCAAGGGGAGUAUAGGACCUUAUGGCAAGUGAGGAGGGUAUAGGGUUCUAUGGAAAGCAUAUAGAGCCGUAUGGCAAGCAAGGAGGGUAUGGCAUCCUAUGGGAAGCAAGGAGAGUAUAGGACCCUAUGGGAAAGAGUAUAGAAUAUUACAAGCAAGGGGAGUAUAGGACCUUAUGGCAAGUGAGGAGGGUAUAGGGUCCUAUGGAAAGCAUAUAGAGCCGUAUGGCAAGCAAGGAGGGUAUGGGAUCCUAUGGAAAGCAUAUAGGGCCAUAUGGCAAGCAAGGAGGGUAUGGGAUACUAUGGAAAGCAAAGAGAGUAUAGAAUCCUAUGGAAAGCAAGGAAAGUAUAGGACCGUAUGGAAAGCAAGGAGAGUAUAGAUCCUAUGGAAACAAUAUAGGGCCACAUGGUAAGCAAGGAGGGUAUGGGAUCCUAUGGAAAGCAAAGAGAGUAUAGAAUCCUAUGGAAAGCAAGGAAAGUAUAGGACCGUAUGGAAAGCAAGGAGAGUAUAGAUCCUAUGGAAAGCAUAUAGGGCCACAUGGUAAGCAAGGAGGGUAUGGGAUCCUAUGGAAAGCAUAGAGGGCCAUAUGGCAAGCAAGGAAGGCAUGGGAUCCAACGGAAAGCAAGGAGAGUAUAGGACCGUAUGGAAAGCACAUAGGGCCAUAUGGCAAGCAAGGAGGGUAUGGGAUCCUAUGGAAAGCAAGGAGAGUAUAGAAUCCUAUGGAAAGCAAGGAGAGUAUAGGACCGUAUGGAAAGCAAGGAGAGUAUAGGAUCCUAUGGAAAGCAAGGAGAGUAUAGGAUACUAUGGAAAGCAUAUAGGGGCAUAUGGCAAGCAAGGAGGGUAUGGGAUCCUAUGGAAAGCAAGGAGAGUAUAGGAUCCUAUGGAAAGCAUAUAGGGGCAUAUGGCAAGCAAGGAAGGUAUGGGAUCCUAUGGAAAGCAAGGAGAGUAUAGGAUCCUAUGGAAAGCAUAUAGGGGCAUAUGGCAAGCAAGGAAGGUAUGGGAUCCUAUGGAAAGCAAGGAGAGUAUAGGAUCCUAUGGAAAGCAUAUAGGGCUGUAUGGCAAGCAAGGAGGGUAUGGGAUCCCAUGGAAAGCAAGGAGAGUAUAGGAUCCUAUGGAAAGCAUAUAGGGGCAUAUGGCAAGCAAGGAGGGUAUGGGAUCCUAUGGAAAGCAAGGAGAGUAUAGGAUCCUAUGGAAAGCAUAUAGGGGCAUAUGGCAAGCAAGGAAGGUAUGGGAUCCUAUGGAAAGCAAGGAGAGUAUAGGAUCCUAUGGGAAAGAGUAUAGAAUAUUACAAGCAAGGGGAGUAUAGGACCAUAUAGCAAGCAAGGAGGGUAUAGGAUCCUAUGGAAAGCAUGCAUCCGAGGCCUGUUCUGCUCCGAUCGAUCUGCUGCGUGGCCAUAAAAUAUUCACAGGCCCGUGUCCGCGGGAGGAAAAGCCCACGAGGCCCGGGAUUUUGCAGAAGUUUGCCAGCCAAAAAACUCUCUAUGCAUGCAUGUAUAUAUCCAUAUACUAUAUAUAUACAUACAUAUAUAUAUAUAUGCAAAUAGUAAGUGUCCAGGCACAAGUGUCGUCCACCGUUGACUUGUGUUGCGUACGAAUCUGGCCUUCUGGAGCACGGUUUCGGCGACGGUCCUCUGGCCAUUUGCAAAGUUUGGCCUCCUCGAGCCGCUCUUUUCCGUCCCCGCGAUCGAUCGAUCGAUCCAGCCAUCGAUCGAUCGAUCGGCCAGAGUUUUAUUUAAUUAUAUCCAACGCAGAGAGAGAGAGAAAGAGAGAGAGAUAGAAACGCCUUCCUUGCGUUCGGUGGAUGUGUUAACUGUUUACAACCCGGAGUUUAGCUCGAGCAGAACGGCACGGAAUAGGAAUAGGAAUCUCCGCGGAUACGGAAACCCUGGGAACUCCGUAUCCGCGAUGCCCGAGCCCCAUUCUGUGCAAUAGGACACGCUUUGCUGUGGACGAUGGGAUCGUCUGUGUCACUGGAUUUGAUUUAAUGUUAUGAUUGACUGAGAGUCUACUGCAAUAAUGAUGAGGGUGAAGAUGAGAGUGAGUUCUGGUUAAUUGAGAGUCUACUAUAAUGAUGAUGAUGAUGACAAGUUCGGGUUAACUGUUGUGAUGAUGAUGGCGAGUUCCGGUUAACUGGGAGUCUACUACAAUAAUAACUGAGAUGAAGAUGAGUUCCUGUUAACUGAGAGUCUACUAUAAUAAUGAGGAUGAGUUCUGGUUAACUGAGAGUCCACUAUAAUAAUGAGGAUGAGUUCUGGUUAACUGAGAGUCCACUAUAAUAAUGAGGAUGAGUUCUGGUUAACUGAGAGUCCACUAUAAUAAUGAGGAUGAGUUCUGGUUAACUGAGAGUCCACUAUAAUAAUGAGGAUGAGUUCUGGUUAACUGAGAGUCUACUUUAAUAACGAUGGCGAGUUCUGGUUAACCAAGAGUCUAUUGUCAUCAUGGUAUAGAUGAGGACAGGUUCCAGUUAACUGAGAGUCUACUGUAAUGAGGAUGAGGGUGAGUUCUGGUUAAUUGAGAAUCUAUUGUCAUCAUGAUGUAGAUUGAGGAUGAUUUCUGGUUAACUCAGAGUCUAUUGUAAUAAUUAUGCAGAUGGAGAGGAGGGCGAGUUCUGGUUAACUGAGAGUAUUGUCAUCAUGGUAUAGAUGGGGAUAGGUUCUGGUUAACUGAGAGUAUUGUCAUCAUGGUAUAGAUGGGGAUAGGUUCUGGUUAACUGAGAGUAUUGUCAUCAUGGUAUAGAUGAGGAUAGGUUCUGGUUAACUGAGAGUAUUGUCAUCAUGGUAUAGAUGGGGAUAGGGUCUGGUUAACUGAGAGUAUUGUCAUCAUGGUAUAGAUGGGGAUAGGUUCUGGUUAACUGAGAGUAUUGUCAUCAUAGUAUAGAUGGGGAUAGGGUCUGGUUAACUGAGAGUAUUGUCAUCAUGGUAUAGAUGGGGAUAGGUUCCGGUUAACUGAGAGUAUUGUCAUCAUGGUAUAGAUGGGGAUAGGUUCUGGUUAACUGAGAGUAUUGUCAUCAUGGUAUAGAUGGGGAUAGGUUCUGGUUAACUGAGAGUAUUGUCAUCAUGGUAUAGAUGAGGAUAGGUUCUGGUUAACUGAGAGUAUUGUCAUCAUGGUAUAGAUGGGGAUAGGUUCUGGUUAACUGAGAGUAUUGUCAUCAUGGUAUAGAUGAGGAUAGGUUCCAGUUAACUGAAAGUCUACUGUAAUGAGGAUGAGGGUGAGUUCUGGUUAAUUGAGAAUCUAUUGUCAUCAUGAUGUAGAUUGAGGAUGAUUUCUGGUUAACUCAGAGUCUAUUGUAAUAAUUAUGCAGAUGGAGAGGAGGGCGAGUUCUGGUUAACUGAGAGUAUUGUCAUCAUGGUAUAGAUGGGGAUAGGUUCUGGUUAACUGAGAGUAUUGUCAUCAUGGUAUAGAUGGGGAUAGGUUCUGGUUAACUGAGAGUAUUGUCAUCAUGGUAUAGAUGAGGAUAGGUUCUGGUUAACUGAGAGUAUUGUCAUCAUGGUAUAGAUGGGGAUAGGUUCUGGUUAACUGAGAGUAUUGUCAUCAUGGUAUAGUUGAGGAUAGGUUCCGGUUAACAGUGAUGGUGAUAAUAUUACUGCUGUUGCAAAUCGAAGAUCCCUCUGGCUCUUUCCCAAAACCUGGAGGAUUCCUUCCUGGGGAGAUUUGCGACCGUUGUUUAUCCCGGACGAGUCCCCAGCUGGUCUGGCCUCCCAAAAAUAGUCCUGGCAACCCCGGAGCCGCUCUCCGCCAGGCCUUGGGAGCGAGUGACCCGCUUGAUCCGCAUCCAGGUCUGGCUCGGCCUUCCUCUGCUGGCCCGAGACCCGGGAAAGGCAAAGAGAUGACACUCUCUCGGCCGGUCAAACGGGAUCCUCGGCUUCUCCGGACACUUCCUUUGUGAUGCAACCGGGGUUCUCCGUUCCCUUGUUUAUUUCGAGGAUCCUAUCACGAGUACGUCGGACGGGGACUUUUCCCGAACUUCGUAAAUCUGUCAAUCCCACAGUAGAUAUAUCUUUCAAAAUAACGCUCUCACCCUGAAAUACCUUCACGGAACGAUAAAUUGGGACCGGAACCUGUAUAGGAUUUGUAUAGGAAUUGUAUAGGAUUCAAUACUAUCGAGACUUGAGAUAUCAUACUAUAGUUAUAGCUUUCAAGGCAACACUCUCGCCCUGAGAUUCCUCCACAGAAUGACGAAUUGGGACCGGAUCCUGAGACCCAUCAACCCCACUCAUCCAUUACCCCAGUGACCCCAAAAAACAUUAUUAUUUGGAUAGGAUUCAAUACUAUCGAGACUUGAGAUAUCAUACUAUAGUUAUAGCUUUCAAGGCAACACUCUCGCCCUGAGAUUCCUCCACAGAAUGACAAAUUGGGACCGGAUCCUGAGACCCAUCAACCCCACUCGUCCAUUACCCCAGUGACCCCAAAAAACAUUAUUAUUUGUAUAGGAUUCAAUACUAUCGAGACUUGAGAUAUCAUACUAUAGUUAUAGCUUUCAAGGCAACACUCUCGCCCUGAGAUUCCUCCACAGAAUGACGAAUUGGGACCCGAUACAAGUAAUAAUUUUUUUUGGGUGAUUGGGGUAAUGGAUGAGUGGGGUUGACGGGUCUCAGGAUCAGGUUCCAAUUUGUCAUUCCGUGGAGGAAUAUUAGGGCGAAAGUGUAGCCUUGAAAGAUACAACUAUAGUAAGACAUUUCAAGACUCUGAAAGUGCUGAUAGUAUUGACCCUACACAAGUAAUAUAGUAAUAGUAGUAGUGACCCUAUAUAAAUAAUAUAGUAAUGGAUGAGUGGGAUUGACGGGUCUCAAGAUAUGGUCCCUAUUCGUCAUUCCGUGGAGGAAUAUUAGGGCGAGAGUGUAGCCUUGAAAGAUACAACUAUAGUAAGACAUUUCAAGACUCCGAAAGUGCUGAUAGUAUUGACCCUACACAAGUAAUAUAGUAAUAGUAGUUGUGACCCUAUAUAAAUAAUAUAGUAAUGGAUGAGUGGGAUUGACAGGUCUCAAGAUAUGGUCCCUAUUCGUCAUUCCGUGGAGGAAAAUUAGGGCGAGAGUGUAGCCUUGAAAGAUACAACUAUAGUAAGAUAUUUCAAGACUCUAGUAGUGCCAAUGGUAUUGACCCUAUACAAGUAAUAUAGUAAUAGUAGUACUGACUGUAUAUAAAUAAUAUAGUAAUGGAUGAGUGGGAUUGACAGGUCUCAGGGUCUGGUCUCUAUUCGUCAGUCUGUGGAGGAAUCUUAGGGCGAGAGCGUUGCCUUGAACGAUAUAAAUAUAGCAAGAUAUUUCUAGACUUCAGAUUUGCCGAUAGUAUCGACCUUAUACAAGUCAUAUAGUAAUGGACGAGUGAGUUUGACAGGUCUCAGGAUCCGGUCCCAAUUUGUCAUUCCGUGGAGGAAUCUCAGGGCGAGAGCGUUGCCUUGAAAGAUAUAACUAUAGUAAUAUAUUUCAAGUUGAUAGGAUUGGCCCUAUACAAGUCAUAUAGUAAUAGUAGUACUGACCCUAUACAAGUCAUAUAGUAAUAGUAGUACUGACCCUAUACAAGUCAUAUAGUAAUAGUAGUACUGACCCUAUACAAGUCAUAUAGUAAUAGUAGUACUGACCCUAUACAAGUCAUAUAGUAAUAGUAGUACUGACCCUAUACAAGUCAUAUAGUAAUAGUAGUACUGACCCUAUACAAGUCAUAUAGUAAUAGUAGUACUGACCCUAUACAAGUCAUAUAGUAAUAGUAGUACUGACCCUAUACAAGUCAUAUAGUAAUAGUAGUACUGACCCUAUACAAGUCAUAUAGUAAUAGUAGUACUGACCCUAUACAAGUCAUAUAGUAAUAGUAGUACUGACCAUAUACAAGUCAUAUAGUAAUAGUAGUACUGACCCUAUACAAGUCAUAUAGUAAUAGUAGUACUGACCAUAUACAAGUCAUAUAGUAAUAGUAGUACUGACCCUAUACAAGUCAUAUAGUGAUAGUAGUACUGACCCUAUACAAGUCAUAUAGUAAUGGACGAAUGGGAUUGAUUGGUCUCAGGAUCAGGUCCCAAUUUGUCAUUUCAUGGAGGAAACUUAGGGCAAGAGCGUUGCCUUGAAAGAUACAACUAGAGUAAGAUAUAUCAAGACGCCAUAAGUGCUGAUAGUAAUAAUGUUUUUUGGGUGAUUGGGGUCAUGGAUGAGUGGGGUUGAUGGGUCACAGGAUCAGGUUCCAAUUCAUCAUUCCGAGGAGGAAACUUAGGGCGAGAGUGUUGCCUUGAAAGAUACAACUAUAGUAAGAUAUUUCAAGUCUCCAGAAGUGCCAAUAUUAUUGAACACUAUACAAGUAAAUAAGGUUUUUUUGGGGUGAUUGGGGUCAUGGAUGAGUAGGAUUGAUGGGUCACAGGAUCUGGUCCCAAUUCAUCAUUCCGUGAAGGAAUCUUAGGGCGAGAGUGUUGCCUUGAAAGAUACAACUAUAGUAAGAUAUUUCAAGUCUCCAGAAGUGCCGAUAUUAUUGAACACUAUACAAGUAAAUAAGGUUUUUUGGGGUGAUUGGGGUCAUGGAUGAGUAGGAUUGAUGGGUCACAGGAUCUGGUCCCAAUUCGUCAUUCCGUGAAGGAAUCUUAGGGCGAGAGCGUUGCCUUGAAAGAUAUAUCUAUAGUGGGAUUAGAAAAGGUCUCAGUCCGACGUACAUGGGAUGGGAUCCCCGAAGUAAACAAGGGAACGGAUCCGUGUUGCGAGGAGACGGAAGUGCCGGAAGAAGCCAAGAAUCCCCCGCUUGACCGGCCGAGACAACCUAAUCCCUUUCCCAGGUCUAGUUGCCGCAAUAAUCGGGGGGAAAGGGCCAGGCCGGGCUUAGCGGGUGGCUAUAGAUAGCCUUGGAAAGAGGCUUUGAAAGGAGAAGGACACCCGUUGCCAACCUCAGGGUGGUGUCCUCGGAUGAGCGGAGUGGCCCUGAGUUUCUCCUCCUUUUCCCCGUUCUUCUUCUUUUCCCCUUGAGAAUGAAAUUUUCUCCCCGAAUUCCCCUUGAAAACGAAAUUUUUCUCCCUGAAUUAUAGUACUUAUUUAUUUCCCCGAAUUUCCCUUGUCAAUGAUAAUAUUUAUUUAUUUAAGUAUUAUUUGUUUAAUAAUACUUGUAUUUCCGCCCCCUCUCCCCGAGGAGAAUGGGAGCUUUCUUGAGAAUGAAUGAAAAUCUUGAGAGUGAAAUUUUCUCCCCGUAUUCCCCUGAGAACGAAAUUUUCUCUCUGAAUUUCUCUUGUAAUUUUCUCCCCAGAUUAUAAUAUUUAUUUAUUUAUUACUUAAUAAUACUUGUAUUUCCGCCGUCUCUCUCCGAGGAGACUCAUGAGGAUGGGAAUUUUCUUGAGAAUGAAUGAAAUUUUUGAGAAUGAAAUUUUCUCCCAGAAUUUUCCUUGUGAACGAAAUUUUCUCCCUGAAUAAUAAUAAUAUUGGAUAUGUAUUCCGCCCUUUCUCCCUGACGGGAUUCAUGAGAAUUUUCUUGAGAACAAAUGAAAUUCUUGCGAGUGAAAUUUCCUCCUGUAAUUUCCCUUGAGAACAAAAUUUUCUCCCCGAAUUAUAAUAAUUCAUGUAUUCCACCCUCUCUCCCCGAGACUCACGAGAAUUUUCUUGAGAACAAAUGAAAUUCUUGAGAGCGAAAUUUUCUCCCCAAAUUUCCCUUAUGAAUGAAAUUUUCUCCCUGAAUUAUAAUAUUAUUUAUUUAAGUAUUUUUUUAUUUAAUAAUACUCGUUUUUCUGCCCUCUCUCCCCAAGGAGACUCGUGAGAAUGGGAAUUUUCUUGAGAAUGAGAAUUUUCUCGAGAGCGAAAUUUUCUCCCCGAAUUUCCCUUGCAAAGAAAUUUUUCUCCUUGAAUUUCCCUUAUGAAUGAAAUUUUCUCCUUAAAUUAUAACAAUACUGUAUAUUUAUUCCGCCCUUUCUCCCUGAGGGGACUCAUGAGAAUUUUCUUGAGAAUGAAUGAAAUUAUUGAGAGUGAAAUUUUUUCCUCGAAUUUCCCUUGAGAGUGAAAUUUUCUCCUCGAGUCAUAAUAAUACUCGUAUUCCACCCUCUCUCCCCGAGGAGACUCAUAAGAAUGGGAAUUUUCUUGUGAAUGAAUGAAAUUCUUGAGAGUGAAAUUUUCUCCCCGAAUUUCCCUUGUGAAUGAAAUUUUCUCCCCGAAUUCCCCCUGCGAACGAAAUUUUCUCCCUGAAUUCUCCUUGUGAACGAAAAUUUCUCCCUAAAAUAUGAUGAUACUGUAUAUGUAUCCCGCCUUUUCUCCCCGAGGAGACUCAUGAGAAUUUUUUUUGAGAAUGAAUGAAAUUCUUGAGUGUGAAAUUUUCUCCCCGAAUUCGUCUUGAGAACGAAAUUUUCUCCCCAAACGAAACUAGGGAAGUUGUAUGUUUUCCGGGCUGUAUGGCCAUGUUACAGAAGUAUUAUCUCCUGACGUUUCGCCCACAUCUAUGGCAGGCAUCCUCGGAGGUUGUGAGGAUGCCUGCCAUAGAUGUGGGUGAAAUGUCAGGAGAGAAUGCUUCUGGAACAUGGCCAUACAGCUGGGAAAACAUACAACCCUGUGAUCCCGGCCAUGAAAGCCUUCGACAACACAUGAAACUAGGGAAGAAACUGGCAAAAACAUAUCUCUGAUUGGGUUAGGACUCUGGGAAGCCGUGGUUCGGAUCCGAGAGUUCCAAGGUAUGAAUCUAGGAUCGAACUGCUAUAACUCCGCCAUUCGGAUGGCCUGAGAAGUCUGACGUUCCAAACCGGAACGAAGGCCCGGCGUCCCUAAUCUCUUUUGCGUUGGUUUGUUUUCCGUUGCCUGCCGAAUUGAUCUGGCCCCGGGGUCCUUUGCAAGCGGAUUAGCUCCACACGGCAUCUUUGUGCCGGGGCUAAUUCUAAUCUGUCGGGAGGGAAAGUUGUCGGAGUGGCUGAUCGGAUUUCGGGGGCCCGUCCGUCCGUCCCGGCCUGCGGUUCACGCAAGGCUGAGCCCUCCGUUAAUCCCGGCGGCUCGCCCUUCCCUUCCUCCGGGGCAGGAAUUCCAAAGGGUUUCCAUGCGGAGCCUCCCUUCUCUGGAGGUUUUGGAAGCCGAGACUGGCUGGCCAUCUGCCGGGAAGGCUCUGUGUAUUUCGGUGUGAGAAUGGGAUCGAAAAUGCAUGGCCCCUGUGGUCAGUCUCUUCCAACUCUAGGAUUCCAUGGUUCUAUUAUUAUUAUUAUUAGUAGUAGUAGUAGUAGUAGUAGUAUUAAGCAGAGCCUAGCUGGCCAUCUGUCGGGAAGGCUUUGAUUGUGAAUUUUAGAAUGGGGUCAAUGGCAUGGCUCUUGGGGUCAGUCUCUUCCAAGUCUAGGAUUCUAUCAUUCCAUUAUUAUUAUUAUUAUUAUAUUAUUGUUGUCAUUGUUCUUAUUAUUAUAUAGAGUUCUCUUCUAACAUUAGGAUUCUAUAAUUGUUUUAAUUAUUAUUCUUAAGCAGAGCAUGGAUGGCCAUCUGUCGGGAAAGCUUUGAUUGGGUAUUUCAGUGAUAGAGUGGGGUCAGACUGGAUGGUCCUUGGGGUCAGUCUCUUCCAACACUACGAUUCUAUAAUCUAUUAUUAUUAUCAUUAUCAUUAUUAUUAUUAUUAUUAUGAUGCAGAGCCUGGCUGGGCUUUGAUUGUGUAUUGCGAUUGUAGAAUAGGGUCAGACUACAUGGCCCUUGGGGUCCCUUCCGACUUUAGGACACUUUCAUUCUUUAACAAAUUACCCUUCAAACCACACCAUGUGAUUUGUUGGCUUCCAGGACGAAACGAGGGCAUUUGGAUACAUUUCGUGUUCGCGAAAAAUUCAAAAAUUCCCAAAAAUUAACAGAUGGGCUCAACAUCCCAAAAUUUGGGGGGCAAAUAGUGGAAAGGGUGUGGCAGAACUACAGUGAGUUUCGUCCCGAUCGCACAACAAUCGAGGGAGAAACGAGCCCACUUGGUUCGACGAAAAAUGCGUUAUUUCGUGACCAUUGCCGCAAUUGUGUGUGUCCGUAAUUUUGGACACACCUUGAAAAUGAUCCGCGCCCCUCCCCAAUUUCUGAAAAUAUGGAAUUGUUUAGGUCCGUAAUUUUGGAAACUCCUUGAAAAUGAGACACUCCCCUCCCCAAUUUCCGAAAAUACGGAAUUGUUUAGGUCCAUAAUUUUUGAAACUCCUCGAAAACGAGACACUCCCCUCCCCAAUUUCUGAAAAUACAGAAUUGUUUAGGUCCGUAAUUUUGGAAACUCCUCGAAAACGAGACACUCCCCUCCUCAAUUUCUGAAAAUACGGAAUUGUUUAGGCCCGUAAUUUUUGAAACUCCUCGAAAACGAGACACUCCCCUCCCCAAUUUCCGAAAAUACGGAAUUGUUUAGGUCCGUAAUUUCAAACCCAUCUCAAAAAUGAUCCACUCCCCUCCCGAAUUUCUGAAUUUCCGGACCGAAACAAUUGCUGCACUUGUUGAGGUCCGUAAUUUCGGACAUACCUCGAAAAUGAUCCGCACCCUUCCCCAAUUUCGUAAUGAGUAUUGAAACAUUUUUAUUGAUCGUACAACCCUAGCGUGUGUGUAUACAUAUGUGUGUGUGUGUGUGUGUGUGUGUGUAUGUGUGUGUGUGGGUUUGCCCAGCGGCGGGAGGCUGAAAUCCAAUCGGGGAUUAUCCCGUCCUGAACGGCAGAUGUACACGGCUGGCUAAUGAAUUACUCCCAGUGGAGACCUUACCUGGCCUGAACUUCCGUUACCUUGUCCCCUCAUGGUCCUCGUUCGACCUUGGCCACAUUGUUUUGUGCGGUGAGAAUCCUGGGAGUUGUAGUUUGACGCGGGAGUUAAUAAAUCAAUGGGCCCGGAUGCAAACACUUGUUUCCAAAAAGAGAAAGAAACACGUUGAUGAAAGUUGGGUGGAGAUACAUGUUUCUGCACUGCUUGCAGACAUCUGUUUCAUACUGAUUUAAUGGUGUGCUUGGGAUUUAUAGUUUGCAACUCAGAAGUGUUGAGAUCCAAGGGAUCAUGUUGAUGGUCCUUCUCUCGUUGGUUGGACAUUGAGGUUGAAUGGACAGUGUUGAUGAUCCUUCUUUAGUUGGAUGUUGAGACUGAAGAAAUUGUGUUGAUGGUCCUUCUUUGGUUGGACGUUGAGGUUGAAUGGAUGGUGUUGAUGGUCCUUCUUUGGUUGGACGUUGAGUGAAGAAAUUGUGUUGAUGGUCUUUCUUUGGUUGGACUUUGAGACUGAAGAAAUGGUAUUGAUGGUCUUUGGUUUGAUGUUGAGGUUUGGAUGGUGUUGACGGUCCUUUGGUUGGAGGUUGAGGUUGAAUGGAUGGUGUUGACGGUCCUUCCUUGGUUGGACGUUGAGGUUAAAGCAAUGGUGUUGAGGGUCCUUCUCUCUAUGGUGGGACAUUGAGGUUGAAGGGAUGGUAUUGAUGGACCUUCUCUCUUUAGUGGGACAUUGAGGUUGAAGAGAAGGUGUUGAUGGCUCUUCUUUGGUUGGACGUUGAGGUUGAAGGGAUGGUAUUGAUGGACCUUCUCUCUUUGGUGGGAUGAUGUUGUUGACGCUGUUUCUCUCUUCCGUUCUUCUCCUCCCCCAGGAUGAGUUCCAUCCCUUCAUUGAGGCCCUGCUCCCCCACGUCCGGGCCUUCGCCUACACCUGGUUCAACCUCCAGGCCCGGAAGCGCAAGUACUUCAAGAAGCACGAGAAGCGGAUGACCAAGGACGAGGAGCGGGCGGUCAAGGACGAGCUGCUGAACGAGAAGCCCGAGGUGAAGCAGAAGUGGGCCUCGCGCUUGCUGGCCAAGCUGCGCAAGGACAUCCGGCCCGAGUACCGCGAGGACUUUGUCCUCUCCAUCACGGGCAAGAAGUCCUCCUGCUGCGUCCUCUCCAACCCGGACCAGAAGGGCAAGAUGCGCCGCAUCGACUGCCUGCGCCAGGCCGACAAGGUCUGGCGCCUGGACCUGGUCAUGGUGAUCCUCUUCAAGGGGAUCCCGCUGGAGAGCACCGACGGGGAGCGCCUGGUGAAGGCCCCACAGUGCACCAACCCCAUCCUCUGCGUCCAGCCCCACCACAUCAGCGUCUCCGUCAAGGAGCUCGACCUCUACUUGGCCUAUUUCGUCCGGGAGAGAGAUUCGGAUCAAAGCAGCAGUCCGAGGACGGGAAUCGGGUCCGACCAAGAGGACAGCAAACCGAUCAUCAUGUUGGACGCGACGGACUUCCAGGAGAAUUUUAUCACGUCGGGCGUCUUCAGCGUCACGGAGCUCAUCCAAGUUUCCCGGACGCCGGUCGUGACGGGGACGGGGCCAAAUUUCUCCUUGGGGGAGUUGCAGGGCCACCUCGCCUACGACCUGAACCCCUCGAGUACGGGGAUGAGGCGGACGCUUCCCAGCACUUCCUCCAGCGGGAGCAAACGGCAUAAGUCGGGGUCCAUGGAGGACGACUUGGACGCUAGCCCCGGGGGAGAAUACUAUGCAUCGCCCAGCUCCCCCACGAGUAGCAGCCGCAACUGGACAGAAGACAUGGAAGGGGGUAUCUCCCCGACCGUGAAAAAGACAGAAAUGGACAAAUCUCCCUUCAACAGCCCGUCCCCGCAGGACACGUCCCCUCGGCUCAGCAGCUUCACUCAGCAUCACCGUCCGGUCAUUGCUGUCCACAGCGGUAUCGCCCGAAGCCCCCACCCUUCCUCCGCGCUGCACUUUCCCACCACCUCCAUCCUCCCCCAGACGGCCUCCGCCUACUUCCCGCACACAGCCAUACGGUACCCGCCGCAUCUGAACCCCCAGGACCCCCUGAAAGACCUCGUCUCGUUGGCCUGUGACCCGUCCAAUCAACAGCCGGGACCGCUCAACGGAGGCGGCCAAGUGAAGGUCCCCGGGCACUACCUUUCCACCCAGAUGUUGGCGCCGCCGCCCCGCUUGGCCAUCUCGCCCGACGCCAAAUCCGCCACCACGACCUCCGAGGGAGGGACCACCUCGCCCACCUCUCCCACCUACUCCGCCCCAGGCACCCCCCCUGCAAACCGCUUCGUGGGACUCGGACCACGGGAUCCGGGCAGCAUCUAUCAGGCACAGUCCUGGUAUCUAGGUUAACCACGGCUUCCACCUUCACCGCCAUCUUCCUUUCCUCCCCUCGCGGGCUUUGGGCUUCCUCCGAGGAGAACGGCGCGGCCCUCCCACCCUUAGCCCAAACUCUGGCGGCAUCGCAACACGAGAAGGAUUGAGAGGGCGAGCGAGCUAGACUUUUAACGGAGGAUCGAAGGAGGGGAGAAGGCCCGGACUUACAGAAUCCGAUAUAUCCGUCUGAUCUCUCGACCCGACAUCCUUCCCGUCGACGACGAGCGACACCCCGAAAAAAGGCAGCUGUUGGAUGGGAGUUGUCUUCUAUUUUUAUUUUUAUUUUUAGUUUCGACACUACGCACCUUUCCGAGGAGAACCGGGAUCGCUCUCUUUCUUCCCUUCUUCCGGACCAAGCGGGAUCCUGCUUUCUCGUCCGUCGCUUUCUCGAAAGGGAUGUAUAUGCAAAAGUUUCCCCGGUUGGAAAAAAAGAAAGAACGAAAGAGAGAGAGAGAAAGAGAGAAAAUAUUUCCCUGGCCCUUGCUGAUUUUCUACACUCUCUCGAAAGCAGACUUAGUCUGUCGGUCUGUCGACGAAAGGCCGGAAGAGUUGAAACUGACGCAGAGCGAGGAAAACUAAAUCCCGGUCCGAAAAAAAAAAUGAAAGCGGGAUUUGAAACCCACCUUCAGCACUUUCUCGGACAAGAUCCGCUGCCUCCUUUCCCCGUUUCCCUGCUUUGCGUUCUCGUCGGAGGUUUGCCGAGACGACACUGGACUUCUCGGCUUCCUUUUGAUAUCCCCCGUUUUUCCUUUUGUGGGCUCGAAUGAUGCAAUCUUUGGGGUGGUUUUUUGGGGGGGAGGGCAAAGGGUCGAAACGGAUGGAUGCAAUUUACGGUUUGUGCAAUGCGGGACCCGGCGUUGUGGGAGACGGGGAACGAGGCGGGCCUUCGGGGCGGUGAGGUUGUAUUUUGGGGAUGGUAGCACUUCUUUAUUGGCUUCGGCCUCCUCGCGGGAAACGGGAGGUGAAUUGCACUUCAGGGGUCGGGAUGUGUCUGGUCCCGUUCGUACGAGAAGUUGAGGAAUAUCUGCCUAGCUUUUGUCGUGAAGUUGGCGUCUUCCGAUUGGGACGGGGAAGGAGACUGGAGACGGUCUCAAUCGUAGUUGGGCCCAUCCGCUUCCCUUCCGCUUCCCAAAUGAACAGAAGUGAUGAGGAUGUUGGAUUUAUGGAUUGCACAUGUUGUUGUUUUUGUUCGUAGAAAAUGCACUUUGAACGAGGGGAAGGAGGGCGGUGGGACCGACAAAGGUUGUCUCCCAAACGAGUUAUUAUUUUUAAGAUAAAAUUUGGCGACCCGGAUGGGACAUUGUAGAAAUGGAACAGUGUUGAGAGAUGAGUGGAAGUCUCCCCAGACCAGAGUUUGGUUCGGAUCUGGGGGGCGAUGCCUCCUUCUGUAGUUCCCCCUCCCCUUUGGACUCUCCUCCUCCCGUUGACCUCCGACCUGCCCGCCCGCAAGCCCCGGAUAAGCCAUUCUGGACUGGUUCAAGUGCCUACAAUUUAACGCUCUGGUCCUUCUCGCCGGCUGGGGAUUGUGGUGAUCGGAGGGGCGGGCUGAAGAACAGUUCUCGUUGCCACCCAACACUUGGGUGUAAACUCCCCACCUUCCUUUCUUCCUUCCAAGCAAACACCAAAGCUUUACCGAUGCCACGGAUCGAGUCUCCCGCCAUCCCGAUGGUCCAAAGUCCGGUCAUGACAAAUUUGGAUCCACUUUCCUCUCCGUUUUGUGAUCUUCCAGAUGUUUCUUCCACCCCGGUGCCAAUCUAUCCGAAUCCUCACGAAGGUCGCCUAAAUGGAUUACUCGUCUGCCCGUAAAACCAUCGGAGAUGAAGAAGUGGCAGAAUGUCAUGAGGGAAAGCAAUUCAACGUUUGUCCCUCAAGAGAGUGAGCUGUCGUGGUUGCACCAAGUUGAGUGAAGAUAUUUAUCGGCCACGGAGCCUCCACAUUGCAAGCCAGACUUGCGUCAAGAUGUUCUCUUCCUCACAGGGGCGUCUCGUGGUUUUGUAGCAUCUUUAGGAACUUCUCGCCUCCUUCGAGCAAUUCCCAGGAUCCUUUGGCAGGAUGGAGAAGCCACAAAAUGUUGUCCAAGUGGUUGAAAAGCCAUCUGAGGUCAACCAUGAAACAAUUGAGACAGCUUCUUCUCUGAGGUUAACCAUGAAAUGGUUAAGAGAGCUUCUACUCCGAGGUCGACCAUGAAAUGUUCGAGAGCUUCUACUUCGAGGUCGACCAUGAAACGGUCAAGAGAGCUUCUACUCAGAGGUCGACCAUGAAAUGUUUGAGAGCUUCUACUCCGAGGUCGACCAUGAAACAGUCGAGAGAGCUUCUUCUCUGAGGUUGACCAUGAAACAGUCAAGAGAGCUUCUUCUCAAAGGUCAACCAUGAAAUGUUCAAGAGAGCUUCUACUCUGAGGUCAACCAUGAAACAGUCGAGAGAGCUUCUCUGAGGUCGACCAUGAAACGGUCAGAAAACCUUCUCCAAGGUUGACCAUGAAAUGGUCAGAAGAGCUUCCAAAUCCAUUUGACGAGUCAGGAAAAGAAGUCAAGGCUUCCCAAGAUCUUGAAAUUGUCCAACUUGGAGAUCUCAUUCUGGACGUUUUUUGGGACGGAAGAGCAAGUUAGCGGUGGUUGUACGUUCCUGACGAGCCAGGGGAAGAAGUCAAGACAUCCCAAGAUCUUGAAAUUGUCCAACUUGGAGAUCUCAUUCUGGACGUUUUUUGGAACGGAAGAGCAAGUUAGUGAUGGUCUGAUGUGACAUCGGCCUUUGUAGCAUCACCCAACCGCCGAGUUUUCAGAAAGCGAGUCCUCUCCGGCGACGUCAAGUCCUCCUUCGGCGGCGAAUUGGGACUCAAAAGCGGUCCCAGAACCUUCUCUCAGGUGGAACCUCCUCCAUUUGUUCUAGAUCCUUCUGGCUACUUCCCGGACUGUGUAGAAGCCCAUCCUCCUCCGCCUCGUCCUUCUCAAACUCCGUGACGCUGCCCCGAAUCCACAGCCUGGAAAGUCGUUCCGGGGCUUGCGUUUGCAUAUGCAAAACACCCUCCCGCUCCCUCCCGCCGGGGCCAAGAGGGGGUGCACUUCCUUUUUAAUAGAAAAAAAUAGACUUUUGCUAGACAACCCAAGCCCCCGCCUCAGAUUGGGCAUCAUUUGGGGUCAAUUGGGGGGAAUAGUUUCCAGCGGUACUUGUUUACACCUUAGCACCUUGACGGUGAGAAACGUCGAUGCCGGGUUCAACCCGUCGCAGGCAGGAGAGAGAAUAUAUAUAUAUAUAUAUAUAUAUACACAUACAUAAAUUUAUGUAUAUAUAAAUAUAUAUUUCCAACAUGGACUCUUCCUUACGAAAAAAAAAGCGAGACAGACAUGACCCCAAAUUUCUAUAUUUUUUUGUAACCGAUGGAGAGGAAGCGGACGUCGGAGCGAAAUGGACGACGAGAAAAAAAAACCACGAUUUCCCCCUUUUACGAAACUCUCGAAUGCAUGGUGCUUUGAAACAGGAACUCACGUGACCGAGCUCAACCAAUCAGCUGGCUGAGAAUGUGCAUGGCAAAUCGACAUUUAAGCGCUCUCCUCCCCGUUCCCCUCCCUUCUUAAGGAACAAGAAGGAGAGAAAAAAAAAUCCCCGACGUUCAUAAUUUUUUUUCUAAUUUGCACGAGAAAAAUGAUAUUUGGGGUGGACGGUGAGGGUGGGCGGGGCGGGGCGGGGAUAAAGUUUUAUACCACAUAAUGUGCCUUGCCUUCUACGAAAAUGCGUAUUAUUAACUCUAAUGACAUCACUGCACAGGUGUUGCUGCAUGGAUAUUAUUCUUACUACUCUUAUUAUUUGACGCGUGUCUGGGGAGGGGGACGGAGGGGGAGAGGAAGGAAACACGGGGAGGCACGGGGUGGGGAGUGGAUUGCCAUUUUUUAAAAAAGAAAAAGGAGACUAAAAUAUUAAUCAGCAUUAUGGAUGGUUGCAUGGGAGGGAAUGGGGCAGGUUGCAAUGCGGGGUCGGACGCGGGGCGGGGGGUUGAGUCGCGAAAUCAUAAGGAUCUGAAGCAAGGGAUGAUGGGAGGGUUUUUUUUUAUAGAGAUAGGGGGGCGGGAAAGGCUUCGAUGGUUUCAGUGUGUGCCGCAAAUUGUUCUCCUCUGUUUUGGAUCUCUUCUGCAUCGUAGUUCUUUUCCCGCACAACUUACUGUCGGAUCCUCUUCUUCCAAUUGUGCUGUGGGUCAGUCUUCCACUGAAAAAGCACCAAGACACGCUGGUAGAUUCCAACAGAUUUUUUUUGUACCGAAUACCAGAACCUUCUCUUGGCCCACUUAUAUAGGGGCUGUUGCAUACUAGAGGGUCAUUGAAGUUUUAUGGCUGGCCCGUUUUAUGGCUGGCAUCUGUUCUUUGUCAGCCUACUGGAGAUGUCAAAGACUGGAGAUCAUGACAACUUACCCUCCAUUUUGGAUCUCUUCUGCAUCGUAGGUCUUUUCCCGCACAACUUACAGUAGAGUCCCACUUAUCCGAGUUCCGCUUAUCCGAGACUCCGUAAUAUCUGAGGCAAAUGUCCUUCCCUCCUCGCUCUCUCACUCACUCACCCCGCCGGGUCCUAGUGCUGCCGGAACCCAGCUGGGUGAGUGAGUGAGGGACGGAGGGCAGGCUCGCUCACUCACUCCUUCGCCAGGCUGGGCCCUGGUGCUGCUGGACCCGGCGUGACGAAGGAGCCGAGGGACAGAGGGCAGGCGAGUGAAGGAGAGCGGCAAAGGCCCUCCCUUGCUCAUUCUCUCACUCGCUCACUCACCUCGCCUGGUCCCGGUGCUGUCGUUGCCGUUGCCAGGACCUGGUCUAGUAAGUGAGUGAGGGAGGGAGGGUGGGUGAGCGAGCACUCACCCUAUUUCCAUCAGUUUUGCUUAUCCGUCAUUCUGCCUGCCAGUUUAUGAUGGAUAAGUGAGACUCUACUCUACUUACAGUACUUAUAUCCCGCCUGUCUCACCCCGAAUGGGCAGACAGCACAACAAGACUAUGCCCCUGUGAGGGAGAGGAAGUAGAAACAAUAGAACACAUUUUAUUUAGUGGCAAAAUUCCACGCAGUGGCAACAAGGCUGACGCAAAAAACUAAUGUCAGAUAAUGGGCCGGGCUUUGGCACAGCUAGUUAGUAGCCAGCUGCAAUAAAUCACUACUGGAUUCGAAGCCCAGCUCACGACUGUUUAAUAGCCUAGCUCGCUGUUGACCUAAGCAACCGGAAAGACUGUCGCAUCUGUCAAGUAGAAAAUCCACUUUAUGAGGGGAGGCUAAUUUAACUAAUUUACCACCCAGGUCGGAUUGAGCUCCCGACCAUUUAAUAGCCUAGCUCGCUGUUGAUCUAAGCAGCCUGAAAGACAGUUGCAUCCAUCGAGUAGAAAUUUUGGUACCUUAAUUUACGAGACCAUAAAACUGCUGGCAGCAUAAACUCGUAGUUCCAUUACCUAUUGAUAUUAUUACGAAAUAAUCCGAACGAGGAGAACAAUUGCGCGUACACCCGAAACGAAAGCGAAAGCCAGUCACGGAAUACAUGAAAUACCAAAAAUAUAACUGAAGCUGUGCCUAACGAAUUUUUUUUUUCCGCCGCGUUUUGCGUUUCCCUUUUUUUUCCCGUCGUCAGCGCGUUCCACCUCCGCCGUGUUUUUCUUCCCACGUCGCCAUCCGCGUACGAUGAUUAUUUUUGUACGGAUAUAGAUAUUACGGGGAAACUUGCAAUUUCCGGCUCCCGAAAAAAAGCCAGAUUGGAGGAAAUCCGGAUCCCACCUUUUAAAAAACUAUGUAGCAGAUGAGAUGCAAAAAAAAAAAAAAAAAUUUCCCCGAAUCAGUGUUCCGGGUUGCUCGUUUUCCCGUUCAUCCGUCUCUCAUAGUGAAUUGUAUAUACGUGGACACAGAUUACAAUGCUAGCAUUGGUCGGUGAAGCUCAAUUGUAUGUAUGUAUGUAUAUCCGGGGUUGGAUUGUAGUCGAAGAAACCCGAGUCCGAAUCCUUCGCUAUGCAAACCCACCGGGCAGGCCACACUCUCUCAGCCUCAGAGGAAGGCAACGCGAAUCUCCUUCCGAAUCGUUCAGAAAAUCCAGGUUGACCUGAAGAGACGUAAUAAUAAUAAUAAUAAUAAUAAUAAUCUCUCAGCCUCUAAGUAAGAGUCUCGAAGAGACAUUGAGGAGAGUUGAUGUAACAACCGAGUACCCUUGUGUCCAUUGCACUCUACAUAAAUAUUUGGAUUUUGUGUUAGCCUGUGGACUCCAGGGACUUGUAGUUUGGAGAGGCACUAGGAUUGUCAAUACACUACAAAUCCCAGCAUUCCUUUGGGGACAUCGCCACGGCGAUUAAAGUGGAAUCAUCCCACGUCCAUUGAAGGAAUCGUGAUAAUCAUGAUAAAAGGGAUUCCAAUCAGAUGGCAAACAAAUGAUGGGUUUCGACCGACUGAUCCAAAUGUGAGGAAAUGCUGGGAGAUGUAGUCCAUUGGCAACCCUUUUUCUCCCGGCAACGUCGUCGGGUAUGUUUUGUUUCCCAUCGGGGAUGGCGUUUGCCUUCCUCUGACACCGUUUUUCCAUUUCGUUGUUCCGUGGCGAAGAGUCGAGGCGAAAAAUUAGAGACCGACAACGCUUUUGACAACUUACAUUGGGCGGCGUUGUUUCUCGUUCCGUCGCAAACCCGCCUCUCCUUCCUUUGUUUUCUUUCGGAUUUCCGCCUCUUCUUCCACGUCACUCACAUAUCCCACCCCCUUCCAAAAUAUGCGCUUUGGUCGUUUAUAUUUUUACCGGCAAUAUUUUUUUUAUAACCAUAGUUGUUUAUCCUCUGUCUCGCCGCUUCGCUUACUACGCUCCGUUUUGACACAAGACACACGUUGCGGCAACAAGGAACGGCAAGUCGGUUCGAACUUUAGGGGGGAAAGGCAAUGAAAGAUGUCCUUAUUAUGAUCUUGAACCGGUUUCGACUCACAUUUUCUCUCUCUUUCUCUUUUUUUCAUUUUUCAUUUUUCAUUUUUUUUCAUUUAUCAUUUUUCAUUUUUUUCAUUUUUCAUUUUUCAUUUUUUUUAAAAAAAAUCAUUUUAAAAUUUCUCCUAAUUCAAUACAUUAGUUAUACGCCGUUUGUUUAACCGCAGGCACAUAUUAUCCAAUACAACCUACUAUUCAUUAACUUUAGGCAUCUACUGUUAUUUUUAUGCUUAUAAAUAUUUUUUAUCUCUCACCGCUGUGGUCCCCUCUUCUUGAGCCACUAUUUUUAUAUAUCGUCUGUCCAAAAUUUCAUUUCCUUUUUCUCAAAAUGUCGUUCCGCGGAACUUCGGUUCGGAGUCCCCGGAUACACAAACAAUUUCGCACCUGUGCUGUCGAAUUCAUUUCAAUGACCGCUGGGAUUUGUAUUUUGACGGGGCUCUUUCUCAGCGAAACUACAAAUCCCCGGAUUCCAAGUAUCAGAACUGCAUUAAUUCUACAGGGUCAAUUGGAUCAGUAUUUCCCCCAAAAUUCUACUCAAAAAAUGACCCCUAAAAAAAUGAGUUCGUUCUGAUUAAAUCGAACGUAGAAAAAAAAGCUUGUUUUCUGAUACCGGUCUUCCCAUUUCAACCAGGCGAUUGGUAAAUUUCCUGAAAACUAAACCUAAGAACCGUCUUGCUUUUCCUUGGUUGCCAACGCAAUAUUUCAACCUCUUCGCCUUUGUACGCAUCCCGUUUCGCUGCUGCGCCGACCUUUUUUUGAUGUACCGACUUCCAGGUUUUUUCUUUCUUUCUUUUUUUCCUUCUUGUUAAUUUUCUUUUUUUCUCCCACCCCCUAUGCAAAAGUACAUUACGAUAAAUAAAUAAACAAAAAAACAAAACCUGAAAGGACAAUUUAAAAAAAAAGAAAGAAAAAAAAAGAAGAAAAAAAUUUAAGAAGAAAAGUGGAAAAAAACGGAGAAAAAAAUGUAUUAAAAAAUUAAAUAAGCUAUGCUUUCAACUGUC